AUGUCUGAAAAUCGAGACGACGAUGCGCCUGAGCACGUGCUGCCUUCGACGCAUUACUACUCUGUAGAGUAUCCCGGCUACGUAGAAUCAACGUCUGUGGACAAAGCAGUGGCUGCUUUAGGCGGAAUAAAGUCUCUCGACGCGUCACUCCGGAAGCAUGCUCAGCCAGCGCCAGCGCCUCAGUUAUGGCUUCAGCCAGGGAACCUCUUUGCUCAUCCUAUUCAGGGGAAUAUUGUGAAAACUAAUAAGCUUGUGCUCGAAGUUAUUCAGAGGAAGAAGAGGAACAGAAUACACACUCAUGAGGAAGAGGCGGAGGGGGAAUUUACUGCAACUAUUAUUGGAUCUGCGAGUCGUACCAUUAGAUUCAGGGCUUUGGCGGAUUUCCAUUUCCAACCUGACCCCAAUGACCGGAUAUCCCAACUUCGCGCUUCAGCAGAGACCAUGGAUGCGCGCCAAUUUCAGGGAUUCACGUUUGAACCUGAGCUUGAAGAUUAUGUUGUGCAAGAGCCACCAUCCGGGAAGGAAUAUGUCGAAGGUAUCACAGAACCCGAGUCUCCUUCCAAAUGGCCAUCACGAAGCAAUUUACGCCUCAUGCCACCACCGAUUUUGAGUCGGCAGACGAUCCCCCAGGUUUACAACUAUAAGGCAAAUCCUACCUCUAUCGUUCAAACUUUUACGGACAAGAAGACUGGUCUAGAAAAGCAAAGGCUCCUCAACAAACGCCGUUAUAGUGGUGUGGGCGUUACAUUUAUAUCCACAGACGAGCCCACUCCCGAAGAGCCGCCAUCGAACGUUGUAGCGAAAGAAUCACAGGUAGAUGAGAAACUUCUACAAAGGGUUAAAACAGUAUUCCAAACAAGACCCAUUUGGUCGCGUGUUGCUCUUCAGAACCAAUUGAGUGCCAGGGAAGCGAGGGAUCUCCAGCAGAAUUUGAACGCAAAGAACGUGUACAGUUUGGUGGGGUAUCAAUUCAGAGAUGGUCCCUACCACGACUUGCUCGUUCGAUAUGGCUAUGACCCUCGCGUGAACUCGGACAGUAGAAUCUACCAGCGUAUUUACUUUCGGAGUGUAGAAUCUGCGGUACCGAGGAAUAGACGACCAGGGGGGAAAACUGAACCCGUCGAUAACACCGGUCCAUCCGGUAGUGCCUUGCCACCAACAACGACACCUACGAUCGAAAGAAACAUAAAAUCGCAUAUUUAUGACGGAAAGACGAUGAUUCCGGGAAUGUCAGGAUUUCAAGUCUGCGAUAUCGUCGAUCCAGUUAUCAAGUCCUUACUUCAGGAUCCAAGUUAUUGGCGAACAGAAUUUGACGAUACGGAUGGCUGGUGGCAGAGUGCACCACUCACACUCAUACGAGCCCUUAUGAGGAAGAAAUACGAAGGGCUUAGUAAGGGCAUUAUCUACACAGACGAAGAGUGCAUGGCCUCUUGGGAAGAAGCAGUCGUUACACCACCUGAGGAAGAGGAUGGACCCGAUGAAGAUGAAGAUGGGGGGGAAGAGUAUGAGGGAGGAAGGCUUAAGAAGAGUGGAAAAUCUUCUGUGCUGAAAGGCAAAGCUGCCGUUCGAUUAAAGAAGUAUACAAAGAAGAGGAAUCGAGCGAAGGCUCGGUUGACGGAAGAUGAAAGAAGGGCGGCCAGACUCCAGGCCCAGCUCAGAAGGGAGGAUGACACAGGCAGAGAGAUGGAUAUUGGUUGAUCUGAAGAAGACGCAACCCUCCUUGGCCUGCUUGGACCAAUCAAUACUAAUGUUAAGAUUAUUUGCAUGGGGCAUGCCUACCGUGAUAAAAAGCUUGUUGGCCCCAUUCAUCACCGCUCCGCGUAAAUUGCCC